AUGCUGCCCUAUAUCAACGCCCCUUUCGCCGCCGCUGGAGAGGUAAUCGGCGCAUCUGCUGAUGAGCUAAAACUCAUCACCUCGUUCCUCCUCUCGUACCCCCUCGCAGCUAUACUAAAGAGACUCCCGGACUCUCAACCCUGGAAGAAAAACGCCUUCAUCAUCGCCGUCUCGCUCUUCUACCUGGUCGGUCUCUUUGAUCUCUGGGAUGGCGUCCGCACCCUCCUCUACUGCUCCGCAGGAGCAUAUGCAAUCGCAUACUACGUUGACGGCUCCAUGAUGCCCUGGGUUGGCUUCACAUACCUCAUUGGAUACAUGUCCGUCAGCCAUAUAAUUAGACAAAUCGUCAACGACCCUACUUCCAUCGAUGUCACCGGUGCCCAGAUGGUGCUGGUCAUGAAACUGAGUGCGUUCUGCUGGAACGUGCAUGACGGCCGAUUACCCGACAGCCAACUCAGUGAGGCCCAGAAACACGCUGCCAUCAAGGAGUUCCCCAGCUUGCUUGAUUUUGCCGGAUACGUGCUGUUCUUCCCUUCGUUGUUGCAGGUUGCUACUGGCAAGGGUGCAGAAGUACCUGGCAAACCAUCCGAUAGGCAAGCCGCUAAUGAAGCUGCUGCUGUCAGAGCAAGGGAGAAGGCUCAGGCUGAUGCCAGGGAGGUGCAGGCUGGCCAAACACCAUACACCGAGCAACCCCUCGGUCUGCCCAAUGAUUUGGCGCAGGACGUCGAAGAUGCCGUGAAUGAGAUCAAGAAGGAGAUCGAAACCAGGAGACGACGUGGCAGUGUGGUCACGAUGCCUACAGGUGCAGAACUGCGGAACGUCCUUGAGCAGAAGCUAGGCAAGGCUCCCUUUUAA